AUGAAAUUCGGCCUUCUACUCUUCCUUGUAUUCAUUUUGUCUAUUAUUUCACCAAUAAUUACUAAUGGAUUAUUCCGGCAAACACUGCUUAAUGAUGAUAAUGGUGUUCUUCAUAAAAUUCGUCAAAAAACUUCUGAUAAAUAUCGUCAUUUAAAAACAAAACUUACAAAUAAUAAUCCACGAUAUCAACCACCUAUUGUUAUAUCUGAUACUUCACAAAAACGUCUAGUUAAUCAGGCAAAUACAAAUAACAUUACUCAUGCUACUGUCAAUAAUAUCUACUCGACAUCGUCAAUUGCAGAAGACUACUGCCGAGAUUUUGGUCCAGCAUCAUCUGUAUUAUUAUUUGCUUAUCGUGGUAGUUGUUAUUCAUUAACAAAUCAACUUGUAACAUGGUCACAAGCUGAUAAUUUAUGUCAAAAUCAUUUUCAUACAAAUCCAAAUAAAAAUCAAGGUGGUUUAGCAUUAUUUGAUAAUGAUAUUGAAUUUGAUUAUAUCAGACAAAUUAUCGGAGAUUUUAAUCGAUCAGCAACCGAAUUUGGUGCUUAUAUUGGUUUUAGUUAUCGAAAUCAAUCAUGGUUAUGGUUAGAUGGACGUGAAGUCAAUUUUGCUGAUACACCACCCAGUGUAAUUGCACCAAAUAAUCUUAUUUUUCCUUACCAACAACAAAAACCAUGUGGUAAAGUCGAAUUAUUAAGACCAAAUGAAACAACAAUUCUUUUUGGUUUAAUGCAACAAGAAUGUACAAAAACUGAACGUGCACUUUGUAAAAUAAAAGUUGAUCAUUGUUUUGAAAAUAAUCAAUGUGGAAUACAUGGUGUAUGUAAUAAUGAUGGAACUACAUUUCAUUGUGAAUGUACUUUUCUUUAUAAUGGAACUUAUUGUGAUACAUAUAGUUCAGAAGCAAUACAAGUUAUAGCAGCUAGUCUCUUUAUUGCUUUAGCUUGCAUUAUUAUUUGUUUAUGUAAACGAUCACAAAAAUAUAAGAAUGAUCGUCGACGAAGACAAAUACAACGACGAAAUGAGCAUAGUGAUCAUUAUAUGACUAAUAAUUCAUCAAGCUGUUUAUUUCGAAAUUUAUAUAAUAAAUUCACACGUCUAUACAAUCCUCCUUCGCCAUUAUCAUCUGACUGCAAAAAAUCAACAAUUCCUCCUCCACCAUUACCAACUCCUCGGCCAAAUCUUAUGAAACCUUCUAAACGUCAUCGUCCUAAACCAAUUAUGGAUGGUUUAUUAACAUUUAUUCAAUCAUUUCUAACAGUUACUGUUGCUGGAAUCUCGAUUGUUUAUAUAUGUGUUCAACGUACAAGUUCAAUAUAUAAUGAACAUAAUGAAAAGCAAACUAAAAAUCAUUCAUCAAAAGCUUAUCUCUGUCAAUUAGUUGGUUCAAGUAAUUCGAAUCAAAAUAUAAUAAUGUUACCAUUAUCAAUUUUAUUAACAAUAUUUCUAUUUAUUGUUCAUCAAACAAUAAAUUCUGAUAAAAAAAAAAGUUUUUAUCAAAAUUUAUCGUUUCCAAUUAUUGUUAAUCCAUUUCAAAAAUCAAAUCGUUUUCAUACAAUUAUUGUGUUUGCAAUCAUAUCAAAUCAAUUAAUAACAUUAUUAUAUGAAAUAUUAUUUUCAUCAAAUUUUAAUUUUCAUCAUGGUAUAUUAUAUGAUUUAGUCCGACGUCUAGGAUUAAUUAUACUUUAUGGUGCAAGAUAUUUUCCAAUCUUAUUAUCAUUAAAUAUUCCAACAUUUUUAUCAACAUUUUUUACAUCAAUUUUUUUAACAUUCGAUUUAUUCUUAUCAGUUUAUUUUGAAGCUAAUUGUGUGAAUACAUUAACAUCAAUAAUUAGUUUAAAAACUCGUACACAAAUUGAAAUUACACGUAUACAUUAUUUAUUAAUGAAAUGUCUUCCACAUUAUGUUGCUUUGGGUCAUAUAAUCGCAAGAUUUUAUACAUUAACAUUACGACAUUUUCUUAUUUUAUGCAAAGGUAAUAGUGAUCGAUGGAAUUCAAUAACAAAUUCAACAUAUCAUACAACAUCGAUUGAAUAUGAUAAUGAUUGGUACUAUACAAAAAAUCUUUUAAUUAAUAAUAAACGAAAACCAUCAUCAACAAAUUAUUAUUUGUAUACUCAAACAUUACAUGAAGAGACGAAUUGUUUCAAUUUUAUUCAUUUAUUUUAUAAACCAAAAGCAUAUUUUCGUUUUUCAUUAUUGGUUUUAUUUACAUAUACAGUUUCAUUUCUUGUUUUAUAUUAUUUAACAUGUUUAGUUAUAUUUUCAAGUACAUUUACAUUAAAAAUUCUUAUGACAUUAACAGGAAAUAUAAUAAUUAAAUUAAUCAAUGUAUCAAAUUUAAAUUUAUCAACAAAAUUAUUUGAAAAUUUUUCAUUUGAAAAAGAAAUUUAUAUCUCAAGUUUAUCAUCAUUUUUCAUCUAUAUUAUACAAUUAUUACUUGGUUUAAAAAAAUAUCAAAAUGAUAUGUUAGAUUAUUAUCGUGGAAAAUAUGAGAAGAAAAAAUUUGAUUCCGUAUCAUCAUCAUCAAUUUUACAACGAUCAUUUCAUUAUUCUGGUUAUCAAGUUGGUUAUUUAGCAUAUGGUUUUGUUAUUAUAAAUUACGCAAUAUUUAUUAUAUGUUUAAUAUUUAAAAUUUUAUUUAUACAUCCAUUAUUAAUUAAAAUUGUUUUAAAAAUUCUUGCACCAUUAUUUAUUUUAUUUGCAUUAAAACAUAUUAUUGUUUAUUGUUUAACAAAAUAUUUUUUCCUAAGAAUUAUACGAUCACAUAGAAAUUUAAGACAAAAUAUUGAACAUCAACAAAAAAACAAUCAACAAGAUAUUUAUAAUGAAAGACAAGAUCAAGCAAUUUAUGUUGAUUCAUCUGCUUCUUCAACAUCGUCUACUGACGAUGAUUAUUAUGAUGAAUCUCAUUUAUUUACAUUAGAAAAUCGUCAUGCAUAUUUUCUAUUUGUUUAUUUUAAUUUUUUCUUUGAUUGUUUUCUUGGAAUAAUUUCAUGUAUUUUACGUUUAUUGAAAUCAUCUAUUGCAUUAGCACUUUAUAUGCCACGAUUGGAUUAUAGUAUAUUUGGAAGAAGUUUAGAAGGUAUUGAUAAUGGUUAUACAGCAUAUACAUCAUAUAUUUAUGUUGAAGCAAUGCAUACACAUCCAAUAUUAAUCACAUUUACACAAAUUAUUUAUAUGAAUAUACUUGAUAAACGACGACGAGAUAAACAAUUUUUAUUGAUUGAUGAAAAACAAAUUAUUGAACAAAAUAAACGAAAAUCUAUACGUUUUCGAUGGUUUUUAUUAAUAACAUUAAUGAAUAAUUUAUCAUUAAUAUCAACAAGAAGAUAUCAUAGAAAAAUGAUAAUAAAUAAUCAGAAAAUAAAUCAUCGAACAUCAUCUGAUUCAUCAUUAUCUAAUAGAACGAUUACAAUUGAUAUGUGCCAGUGA